AUGAUUCAAAUUUUGAUUGGCGCAAGAAGAUACAAUGCUAAUGCUUUUGGUAAAGAAGAUAUAUCUAAACCACGGGAAAAUGAUGAUGAAGAACCACCAAAAGUCGAUAGAGAAACAUUUUGUAAAGCACAUAAAAUAUUUUAA